AUGCCCUCGUUGAACCAGCUGGCGGCGAGAAUGACUAAAGACGGCAAUGCAGCAACGACGAACUUAACAGCAGCUCCCCGUCCCCGACUUGCGGCUUCAAUCCUACGUACCACUUCCAACGCCUCGAUGAAUUCUACAGCGAGCUCGAAUGAUUCUGUGGCAGUCAAUCCCGCGAACAGUACUCGCGCUGGAUCGCCAAGUCCGAGCUCUGUUUCGACCCCGCGAAGCCAAAACACAACGCCUGGACCUGAAGGCGGAGAAUCGUUGACUGUCGAUAAGCUUGAUAAGCUGAACGCGAUCACUAACAAAGGCAAACCACCCGUGAAGGGCUAUAAAAAUAUUCCUUCACUGGAUGCCAUUACUGCGAGGCUGGCGAAAACCCGGGCACUGAGUAUCGAUGGAACGCCGAAGCCGCCUGAACCGGAAAUGAUAGAAGAUCCGAAGACUCCUGGGGUACACGUUAUGAAGGAGGAGCAUCCCUUGCAGUAUUCUUGGACUCUGUACCACGAUUCGAAAGCAAAAUUCCCUUACACUCCUGCACCUACUUCUGCUAACCCCACUGGCGCUGCACCUCCGCUCGUUCCUCGGGAUCGCGACCAUUCAGCCACAUCAGCGGUAGCGUCAACAAACAACUCUCCUACUGCUGCCUCUAUCCCUACGUCCUCGAUGUCGACCAACACAUCGGCCAACCCUACCGACCCUUCCCAACCUCAAUCCCAAAAUCCAUUCUCCCACGCUCCGGGCGACUACGAAGCCAACCUUACCGUCAUCGGCUCCUUCACCACUGUGGAGCAAUUCUGCCGCUACUUUAAUUGGCUCAAACCCCCUUCGCUCCUCGAACGAAACUCCAACUAUCAUCUUUUCAAGUCGCCCAUCAAACCCAUGUGGGAGGACCCUGCUAAUGCUUCUGGCGGAAAGUGGGUGCUGACCAUGCGGAAUAAUCCGGAGCUUCUCGAUAGAUGCUGGGGAUGGCUCUGCAUGGCCCUAGUAGGCGAAGAACUCGAAGAGGGCGGAGAUGAAAUCUGCGGUGCAGUCGUUUCGCUCCGCGCGAAAGUGGAUCGCAUCCAGGUCUGGACGAGGAGAAAGGAUGAUGUUGAGAAACUCAACGCGAUAGGGAAGAAACUUGUCAAGUUGCUUGACGUAGGGGAACAAGACGGGAUUGGGCUUGAGUUUCAGUCUAACACGGAAGAUAGAGGGGAUCGGGAGAAGGGUGUGCCGAGUAAAUUUUUGAGUAUCCAGGCGGUGCCCAAUACAUCGUUUCGGAGCACGUUCCAGGGAUCGCCUGUGUCUGCUGCUGGCGCACCCGGUCAGCAUCCUGGGGCAGGGGGACCCGGUGGAGGACACAGUCAUAGUCGGUCAAUUGGCGGUAUUGGAAUAGCAGGCACUGGGGGCUUUACCCCUGUGGAUCAGACUGCCCCACCUUCGAGCGCUGGUACGGCGCCAUCUGGUGUGAAUCUUGGCAGGUUUCUCUUCCACGACAUUAACCCAGUUCUGAUUUCAAUAUCUUCUAGGUAA